AUGGCAAGCAAUAGCGCGAGAGGAGGCCCCGUUGGGGCAAACGAGGGAGCCGAAACCCCCAAGCCAGCGGCGCAGACCACCGUUCCUGAUAUUGGAGCACCUCGGGCUGCCGAUGGAGCUCCUAAAGAGAAAUCGGAAAAGGAUUUGGAAAAGGAGCGCAAGAAGGCUGAAAAGGCUGCUAAGAUAGAAGCCAAAAAAGCGAAGGCCGCUCAGAUGGCCGCAAACGCCGCCAAUAAGGAGAAGAAAGCUAAGGAGAAGAAGGCAGAGGAAGCUGUUCCUCCCUAUGUCGAGGACACCCCCGCCGGCGAGAAGAAGCGCAUUCGACCGUUUGAGGACCCCAAUUUCAAGGCUUACGACCCUAUUGCUGUAGAAUCAGCGUGGUAUGACUGGUGGGAGAAAGAGGGCUUUUUCAAGCCAGAGUUCACGCCCGAUGGCAAGGUCAAGGAAGCUGGCAGCUUCGUUAUUGUUCAUCCGCCUCCAAACGUUACUGGAUCAUUGCACAUGGGUCACGCAUUAGGUGACUCCUUGCAGGAUCUUAUGAUUCGAUGGAACCGAAUGAAUGGGAAGACGACUCUGUGGCUCCCCGGAUGCGACCACGCGGGUAUCUCAACGCAGAGCGUUGUCGAAAAGAUGCUCUGGAGGAAAGAGGGAAAGACUAGACACGAUCUCGGCCGGACCAAGUUCGUUGAGACUGUCUGGGAAUGGAAGGAAGAGUACCACAAGCGCAUCAACAAGGCCUUGACACAUAUGGGCAGUUCAUUUGAUUGGAGUCGCGAGGCCUUUACAAUGGAUGCUAAUCUUUCUGCUGCUGUCGCCGAAACUUUUGUCCGGCUGCAUGAAGAAGGUAUCAUCUACAGAGCUAACCGGCUUGUCAACUGGUGCACACAUCUGAAUACCGCACUCUCCAACCUAGAAGUCGAAAACAAGGAACUCACCGGACGGACUCUCCUUGAUGUACCAGGGUACGAAAAAAAGGUUGAGUUUGGCGUCAUCGUUCACUUCAAAUACCCCAUUGAGGGCUCAAACGAGACUGUUGAGGUAGCCACAACCCGUAUUGAGACCAUGCUUGGUGAUACCGGGAUUGCUGUCCAUCCUAAUGAUGCUCGCUACAAGCACCUCGUGGGCAAGAAUGCUGUGCAUCCUUUUAUUCCUGACCGAAAAUUGCCCAUCGUCGCUGAUGAGUACGUCGACAUGGAGUUCGGAACUGGUGCCGUCAAAUUGACCCCUGCUCAUGACCCUAACGAUUUUAACUUGGGACAAAAGCACCAUCUCGAGUUUAUCAACAUUCUCACCGACGAUGGUUUGAUGAAUGAGAAUGCUGGUCUAUACAAGGGUCAGAAGCGUUUCGAUGUCCGUUAUUCUAUCCAAGAUGCUCUGAAGGAGAAGGGCUUGUACGUUGACAAGAAGGAUAAUGCAAUGAAGGUACCACUGUGUGAAAAGUCAAAGGAUGUCAUCGAGCCCCGUAUGAAGCCUCAAUGGUGGGUUCGCAUGAAGGAGCUUACUGGACCAGCUUUAGAAGUUGUUAGAGAGGGCAAGAUCAAGAUCAGACCCGACACUGCGGAGAGAAGCUACUUUAGGUGGCUUGAGGAUAUUCAGGAUUGGUGUAUCAGUAGACAAUUGUGGUGGGGUCAUCGAUGCCCCGUCUACUUUGCCAAUAUUGAAGGCGUCGCCAAGGAUACUGCAGACGACAAGCUUUGGUUCUCUGGACGAACUCGCGAGGAGGCGGAGAAGAAGGCUGCGGCCGCCCUGCCAGGCAAGAAGUUCACCCUCGAACAGGAUGAGGAUGUUCUCGACACUUGGUUUUCCUCUGGGCUCUGGCCCUUCAGCACCCUGGGUUGGCCUAACAAUACCCAUGAUUUGGACACCUUGUACCCUACCACUGUCCUUGAGACCGGCUGGGAUAUUCUAUUCUUCUGGAUUGCCCGUAUGAUCACUCUGGGUUUGAAGAUGACCGGAAAGAUUCCAUUCAGCGAGGUCUACUGCCACAGUCUUGUCCGUGACUCUGAGGGUAGAAAGAUGAGCAAGAGUCUGGGUAAUGUCAUUGAUCCCCUGGAUGUUAUCUCUGGUAUCAAGCUGGAGGACCUGCACCAGAAGCUUUACCAAGGAAAUCUUCAUCCCAGUGAAGUUGAGAAGGCAACCAAGUACCAGAAAACUGCCUUCCCUGAUGGCAUUCCACAGUGUGGCGCUGACGCUCUUCGUUUCACCAUGAUUAAUGCCAGCACUGGUGGUGGUGAUAUCAAUUUGGAUGUGAAGGUUAUCCAUGGAUACCGCAAGUUCUGUAACAAAAUUUUCCAAGCCACCAAGUAUGUUCUAGGCAGCCUGCCUAAGGACUUUGCCCCUGCCGCAGACGGCGUUAUCCGAGGCAAGACCUUGGCCGAGCGAUGGAUUCUUCACAAGAUGAACAGUGCUGCUAGAGAUUUGAACGUCGCAAUUGCUGACAGAGAGUUCCAAAAAUCUACCAACAUCAUCUACAAGUACUGGUAUGCAGAGCUUUGCGAUGUCUACAUUGAAAACUCAAAAGCCAUCAUCCGAGACGGCACCGAGGAAGAGCGCCAGUCUGCUCUUCAGACUCUGUAUACCGCUUUGGAGUGGGCUUUGACACUUAUUCACCCGUUCAUGCCUUACAUUACAGAAGAGAUGUGGCAAAGAAUGCCCCGCCGACCUGGUGACAACACGAAGUCCAUCAUGGUUUCCAAGUAUCCUCAGUAUAGCCCUGCACUGGAUGACCCCGAGUCCGAGUCUGCGUAUGAGCUCGUUCUGGCCGCUACAAAGGCAACCAGAUCACUCAUGUCGGAGUACUCGCUCAAGGAGAAUGCCGAAGUCUUUGUCCAAGCGUACAACGAGGCCGCUUUGAAGACAUGCAACGCCGAAGUUGCAUCAAUCAAGUCCCUUAGCGGCAAGAGUGUCAAGACCAUGCACGUAAUUGGGCCGGAUGCUCCCCGCCCUGCUGGAUGCGUCGCUUACCCCGUUUCCACUUCUGUUGCCGUCUUCUUGCACGUCAAGGGCCGUGUUGAUAUGGAUGCAGAGAUAUCCAAGGCCCAGAAGAAGCUAGAGAAGGCCAAGAUGAGCAUCCAGAAGCAGGAGAAGAUUCUGUUUGACCCUGGCUACAUAGAGAAGGUCUCUGCGGCUGUUCGUGAGGGAGACGAGCAGAGACUGGCAGAUGCUAAACAGGAGGCUAUCAGUUUUGAGGAGACUAUCAAGCAAUGUGAGCAGCUCAAGCUAGAGUAA